CAAUUCUGAUGGCAAAUUUCAUGGGCACAGUCCAAUGCUGCGGAACGGUGAUAGUCUGGGAACUGUAUGCCGAAGGACAGGGGUUUGUAUCGCUGCAGGUAUGGAGACCAGUACCCGGCGAGGCCAAUAAGUACAUGCUGGUAGGCCGCAAUGGGAUCAGGCAUAGGUCGACGGGUAUUUCCCAAGAAGGAAGGUCAAUCGCCAAUAGGAAUAUGAUCCACGUCGUCCCGGGGGACAUUAUUGGGUUCGAGCAAAAGGAAGCAUCGGUCUUGCGCUACACAACCUGUAACCCAGCUUCACCAACUGAUCCCGACAUCUGCGCAGAAGAUUUGCUCAUCAAUACUGGUGUAUCGGAACCAGCGACUGGCGACAUAGCAGAGUUUGUAUCCGAACAGUCGACAUAUCUGGGUUCUACUACAGUUAGGGGCUAUGCUGUAACGGCUUAUCUGGAUGGAAAAAACCCAGUGAGCUGCACGGACAAACAUAAAACUAUCACAGACACUCUUAGCGUGGGUGAUCACGUGACACACGUGCACGUUGAAAACAUGGAUAUGUUCCAUCCGAAUUCCACAUUCAACGUAGUGUCUCUAACACCUUCUUUGCCUGUGGCUUUAAAUCAGCAAACAGGUGAAAUAAUAGUGUCUGACGUACUGACCCCUGACUAUCCCUCUACAGAUUACAAACUCACUGUGAGGGUUGUUGACGUAUGUUCCACGAGCAGCACGUGCACUGUUACAAUCACAGUUAACAACAUGCCGAAGUCAAUAACGUUUGCUUCACUUCCGGCAAACGCAAAGUUGUCAGACCUGACGAAAACUGGACACGUUUACGACUUUAAAAUCUCGCGGCAACGAGAUGUUGACUCAGUUAAAUGUUACAUCAGAUCUGCAAUACCAGACAGUCUAACAUUCGAUGUCAAAAAUAUAAGUAAAACAGAAUACAGUGUACACCUUUUAGAAACUACAGAUGCACCAGGUUUGCUGGAACAACAAACCCUUGUCAUAGUGUUGGUUAUUGCUUGUGAAAACACAGCGGAAAUGUAUAACCAGACCACACUUACACUUACAUACCAACCAGAGGAAAGUGGAUUAGGAAUACUCUUGACUAUCGUCGGGAUUAUUGCAACUCUGAUAGUUCUUGCAAUGGUGACAGUGUUAAUGAUCUGGCUUUGUAAAAAAGGGAAAGUAAAAGUUUGGCCAAGUAGUGCCAGCAGCACAAGCAAAGGGUAUAACAGCCAGUCUGAGCCAAAAGGAAAACAUCUGGAAGUUGUUGAAAAUAAACCCAGCCAAAAUGGCCAUAUAAGAAACAAGCAGCUUUGGGACAACUUCAGUAACUUUUACAAGGUGGAACAAAGUAUCACAUCCGGGCGAUUGCCAAUUAAUGGACGAUUACAAAAUGGCGGCUGGGAUAACCAAGUCACAAAAUCGCAGAAAUCUAUUCUCAUAUCACAAAGUAAUGGACAGGCAUUGCACGAUGUUUUCAAGCAAGAUUUGAGUGGUCAUAAUCACGUGUUUCAGAAGAAACCAUGGAGGCCAUGAUCAAGUUACAUUUACGAUAUUAUAAAACAUUUUUCCUCUAACUUACAUAGUAGAUUUUAGAUGUAUGCGUAUAUAAAGCGGCAAAUUUCAAGGGGUGAUGUUUUUUUCAGAACAGGUGAUUUUUCUUAUAUGUUACAUAACAUGUCAAUAUUUUUUCAUGUUUUGUAAAAACACAUGUUAUACUAAAUGUCUAUAUAUGGUUUUUAUAUUAUUGAAAUGCUUUAAAGUACUGAAAAUGAGGUCUCAAGAUUUCAUUGUUUAUAUGAAACAAAGACGGAACUGAAUUGGUAUAGACUUAGUGUCAGACUCUUCACAAUGGAGACUUACACGUUUAUUGUGCGACGCAGAAUAUUCCUUUGCGGAC